AUGGAAAAUGUCAAGACAAAGCAUCCGCAGCUGCUGUAUGAGUCAAAGCUGUACAGAAUACUUCAAGGAGGAACUGGAAUCCCAAACGUCAAGUGGUUUGGUGUGGAGGGUGAUUACAAUGUUUUGGUGAUGGACUUGCUGGGCCCAAGCCUCGAGGAUCUUUUCAGUUUUUGCAACAGGAAGCUUUCUCUAAAAACUGUUUUGAUGCUUGCUGAUCAAAUGAUCAACCGUGUCGAAUUCGUCCAUUCCAAGUCUUUCUUGCAUAGAGAUAUCAAGCCGGACAAUUUUCUCAUGGGUCUUGGGAAAAGGGCAAAUCAGGUUUAUUGUAUAGAUUUUGGGCUUGCAAAGAAGUAUAGGGAUACAUCGACACACCAGCACAUUCCAUAUAGAGAGAACAAGAACUUGACAGGAACAGCAAGAUAUGCGAGUGUAAACACUCAUCUUGGAAUUGAACAAAGCAGGAGGGAUGACAUGGAAUCUCUUGGAUAUGUGCUGAUGUACUUCUUAAGAGGAAGUCUUCCAUGGCAGGGUCUGAAAGCUGGGAACAAGAAACAGAAGUAUGAGAAAAUCAGCGAAAGGAAAAUUGCCACUUCAACUGAGGUAGCGCCCUCUGUCGUGGAUAUCCUACUGAAUUUGCAUCUUAUUUCCAUUACUGCCGCUCACUGCGCUUUGAAGAUACGCCAGAUUAUCAGUAUCUCAAGAGAUUGUUCAGAGACCUUUUUAUUCGAGAGGGCCGCGGCAGCAGGACAAAGCUCUGGGAUGGCUCCCAUGGCAAAUAGACAGUCAGUCACUGAAGAAGGGAGGAGGAGCGGGUGGUCAGAUAUGGAUGGCAUGCGGCGCCAGGUUCCACCUCCAGCUAUAAAUGCAGGCAGCCUGGCCAAACAGAAGUCGCCAAUCAGACAUGACCAAUCCACCUCAAAAGAUGCUAUGUUCUCCAGUUCGACUUUGCUGGGACGGUCAAGCGGAUCCUCAAGGCGACCUGCUGUCUCUAGCAGCCGGGAGCCGAGCACGGACGCGGAGCAGACGCGCAGCCGCACGACUGACGCGAGCCCAGGGGCGUUCCAGCGGUCGUCCGCCCCGCGGUGGAGCCCGCAGGUUGGCGACUCGUCGGACAUGAGGGGCCGGUCGUCCUCGGGCAGGCACCAGUCGUCGAGCGCCAAGAACUACGAGUCCACGGCUGGAAGGCGGUCGUCGAGUGUGGUCUACAAUGAGCUAGUGAGUACAAGUGCUUUCAGGACACCUGCAAAUGGCACCGGCGGAGUUCUCAAGGCGCUGCAAGAGAGGUACCGAUCAAGCUACGUCGGUAGCUUCGCGCGCAGGCUACGAGACUUUGACACGCCAAGUGAUGCCUCCCUUCUUAAAGAGAUCUACAGAAGUAACCCAGAAAGGGUCGUGCAGAUCUUUGAGAGCCAGCCUUCCUUACAUAACAACUCUUCGGCUCUCUCCCAGUAUGUGAAGGCUCUUGUCGCUCUCGACAGGCUGGAUGAAAGCCCGCUGCUUAAGACAUUGCAGAGAGGAAUUGUCAAUUCAGCAAGGGAGGAAGAAGGGUUUAGUGGCAUCCCAGCAUUUCAAAGUGUUGGCCGUACGACGAAAGAUGGGGCUCUUGGUACUGCUGGUGCACCAAUUCACAUGGUUGCAUCAGAGACUGGCCAAUUCAAGGAGCAGCUUUGGCGUACCUUCCGAAGCAUUGCACUCACUUUCCUAGUAAUCUCCGGCAUCGGGGCUCUGAUUGAAGAUAGAGGAAUUAGUAAAGGCCUUGGAUUGCAUGAAGAGGUUCAGCCAAGCUUGGAUUCGAGCACAAAAUUCAGUGAUGUCAAGGGGGUUGAUGAAGCUAAAGCUGAACUCGAGGAAAUAGUUCACUACCUACGAGAUCCCAAGCGUUUCACACGCCUUGGUGGCAAGCUUCCAAAAGGUGUUCUACUUGUCGGCCCACCCGGGACAGGGAAAACCAUGUUGGCAAGGGCUAUCGCUGGGGAAGCUGGCGUUCCUUUCUUCUCCUGCAGCGGCAGUGAGUUUGAGGAGAUGUUUGUGGGUGUCGGGGCAAGAAGAGUGAGGGAUCUAUUCAGUGCAGCAAAGAAACGAUCUCCAUGUAUAAUUUUCAUUGAUGAAAUUGAUGCAAUUGGUGGGAGCAGAAACCCAAAAGAUCAACAGUAUAUGAAGAUGACCUUGAACCAGUUACUUGUUGAGCUGGAUGGCUUUAAGCAGAAUGAUGGGAUCAUUGUAAUUGCAGCAACAAACUUCCCCCAGUCACUAGAUAAAGCCCUUGUUAGGCCUGGGCGUUUUGACCGUCAUAUCGUGGUUCCUAACCCAGAUGUUGAGGGCCGACGGCAGAUCCUGGAGACUCAUAUGUCAAAGGUGUUAAAAGCAGACGAUGUGGAUUUGAUGACCAUUGCCAGGGGAACGCCUGGAUUCUCAGGUGCAGACCUUGCAAACCUGGUGAACGUGGCUGCUCUCAAGGCUGCCAUGGAUGGAGCGAAAUCUGUUUCAAUGACCGACCUCGAGUUUGCCAAGGACAGGAUCAUGAUGGGCAGCGAGCGCAAAUCAGCAGUGAUAUCCGACGAAAGCAGGAAGAUGACUGCAUACCAUGAGGGAGGGCAUGCGCUGGUCGCGAUACACACGGCCGGUGCCCACCCCGUCCACAAGGCCACCAUUGUUCCGAGGGGAAUGGCUCUGGGCAUGGUCACGCAGCUGCCAGAGAAGGACCAGACCAGCGUGUCUAGGAAGCAGAUGCUGGCAAGGCUGGACGUCUGCAUGGGAGGGCGGGUGGCCGAGGAGCUUAUAUUUGGGGAGAGUGAGGUAACGUCGGGCGCGUCGUCCGACCUAAGCCAAGCGACCCGGCUGGCCAAGGCCAUGGUGACCAAGUAUGGCAUGAGCAAGCGCGUGGGCCUUGUGGCCUACAACUAUGACGACGAUGGGAAGACCAUGAGCACGCAGACGCGGGGUCUGGUGGAGCAGGAGGUGAAGGAGCUGCUGGAGACGGCCUACAACAAUGCCAAGACGAUCCUCACGACCCACAACAAGGAGCUGCACGCGCUCGCCAACGCCCUCAUCGAGCGCGAGACCCUCACUGGCGCCCAGAUCAAGAACCUUCUGUCGCAGCCUGAAGAAGAAGAAGAUCCAUCCAUGGCAGGGGAUCCGCUGAGUCAUGUCAAGGAGAUUUUGUACUCUGCAUUAAUUAGACCUCUUAUCAUUUGA